AUGAUGUGGCGACGCUUUCUACGUACAGCAUUUGAGCAACCGUUCUGUGCAUGGAGGUCUGUUGUGCAUAUUCCCUACGGUGGUACUGUGGAUGAACAGGUGACUUUUGUGAAGAGCGAGAUUCGUUCACUUCCACAACAACGACGACGUCCAGUACGUAUGGCCACAUAUAGACAUAUGGAGAACGAUUCGCCCAACAUGAAGAUGGAGACAACUGCGGUAUCUAUGGGAGUCCAGCAAGAUGGUGUAUUCAAGCAAGAGCAAAGCUCAAGGCAUAGUUUUGAAAAUGCAAAAGAGCAAGAACAACAACAACAACACCCGCAAGAGAAAGAUAUGGCAGUACAUGAUCCUGCGACGGUAGUAACACUAGACUCACGCAGGCGAAAGUUGCACCUUAGUCCUGUACAACGUGAACUCGUUUGGAAUGCACGCAGGCGGGAAUAUCAACAGUUGUUGGUGCGUAUUGUGACUUGUUUGGAGUCCCAUCUUGCGCCUAUUGAGAAGUGUCACGCUCUGUUAGCCCUUCAUGAGGAAGUAAUAGUGAAGCGUAUUCGACUUCGUGUAGACACUUAUGAAGAUAUCUUUCAUGUCUUUUAUGCUGUGGCGACACUCGGCACAUCCGCCCCUGCAUUAGCAGAAGAAGAUGUGGUGGAUCGUCAUCUCACAUCAUCUUCAAGUCUUCUCCCGACGGAGUUUGCGAAUGCUACUGUGGCAGCGUCUUCACUUCUUGCAGGGCCAUUAUUACAGAGUCUCUGGUCCAUGUAUCGAUACAUGAUUGAUAGUGGUACCAAUCCAACACCUCGUGUUGUACAGUAUGUGAUGGGUAUUCUAGAGCGUUAUAGUAAGAAGGAUGCCAUUGUAGAAGCACGAGCACACUCUCUCAUGAUGGAUCUUGACCGCUUUCAUCUCACCCCAACGGAGUACACCAUCGCUGCUUAUAUUGGGGUUUGUGAUUGGAAUGGUGUAAUGCAUCUAGCAGUGGCUCGUGUGACGGACUAUCGUACAAGACACGAACGUCAGGCCUCAGCAGGCAUUUACGCACGUUUGCUCUUUGGUUUAAUACACAACCACCAAUAUGAUGAGGCACUCUCCUGUAUGACGACAAUUGAUAGUGUUGCUGUCACCCCACAUCUUCUUAAUGCCGUUUUGAAUACCGCUCGUCACUCCCGAGAUCCACUUUCCGCCUUCACACUGUAUAAAAGUGUGAUGGGGAGACAAGGGAACAGUAUAGCGCCCAACUCACACACUAUCUCUAUCUUGUUAGAGUCUAUGAGAUCGACAGGAUGUUAUGAUGAGGUUGACUUUCUCCUGCGUGAAAUGCGGCGUUUCCGUGUAAAGGGGAACAGCAGAACUCUGAAUAAACUUCUGGAAGUGUUUUUAAAAUUGGGACGCAAUAAGGAAGCUAUUGCACUUUUUAAAACAAUGGAUAAUAAGGGUGUGGUGGUGUUUGAUGAGUUUCGACGAAAGUGUGAGGAGAGACUCUCCUCUUCUUGUUAA